CGCCGUCCCGGGCUUCUGCGUCUCCACCGAACCGCGCGCGAUUUGCGAGGUCGCAACGCGCGGCAACAACAACAACCAACAACAACAACAGCAACAACAACUGAGCGACAACGCCAAGCGAUAAGAGAGCCAAUUGUGCAAAUAGCCUCGAUGAAGAUGUUAAAGAUGCGCCCGAAGAACUAGCGGCCGUGGCUUCUUCCAAACAAGGAGACGGAGCCGACGGGCCUAGGCAGUCGAGCUCCGGAUUUGCACGGCUAUUGUGGAGCUGUUGAUUGUUGUUGUUAUUAUUGUUGUUGUUGUUUCGUGGUUGCGGCUUGAACGGGGAGGGGUGGUGGGAGGAGGAGGAGGAGGCGGCUCUGACGAGGAGUGCGGAGCCCGCAUGGAGGCGGGAGCGAGCAGGGGAGCAUCGCGGCUGGGAGCGCCCUCGGCGGAGAAGCUUCGCCUGGAGGGAGCGGUGUGACGAUGUCAGAAAUGGAGGAACACUACGACGGAGACAUGGACGGAGACACGUGGGAGGGGGCGAGCGUCAUCCGCGCCGCACAGCGAGCGGGAUAUGCGAUCAACGCUGAGAUGGACAACUCCUCCUCGCCAUCACUGUCGCCAAAAUACGAGCAAAAACCAGAGGACGACGACAUUGAGAAUAACAACGGGGAGGAGCUGGAGGUGGAGGAGGAGGAAGAGGAGGAUGAAGAGGACGAUGAGCAGCAGCAGAAGGCGGUGCACAUGUUCCGCUCACGCCCUAAGAUGCUCCCCUACAAGACGGUGUCGCGCUCCACCAACGAGCGCCCCUUCAAGUGCAAGGAGUCGCACUGCGGGAAGACCUUCGCCAGCAAGUACAAGUUGCGGCUGCAUGCGCGCAUCCACACGGGCGAGAAGCCCUACGUGUGCGACAUUUGCAGCAAGGGCUUCACGCAGGGCUACUAUCUGACGGUGCACAAGGCGACGCACAGUGGGCCGCCGCCUAAACCGUUCGUGUGCGACGUGUGCGACAAGACGUUCGCCAAGAAGCAAAAGCUCGUGCAGCACAAGCGGCAGCACACGGGCGAGCGGCCGUACGUGUGCGAGGUGUGCAAGAAGGGCUUCGUGUCAUCCAACUACCUGAUGGAGCACAAGGCGUGUCACUCGGACGUGAAGCGCUACGUCUGCGAGGUUUGCGGCAAGUCGUACAAGCACAAGCCUGCGCUGCGCGCGCACAAGCGCCUGCACUCCGACAACAACCCAUACAUCUGCAAGGAGUGCGGAAACAUCUAUGCGCGCAACGCUCAGCUCGUGGCGCACCUGCGCUCGCACACGGGCGAACGGCCCUUCCAGUGCGAGCUGUGCGGCAAGGCGUUCAUCCACCGCUGCUCGCUCACCAUGCACCUCAAGCGCCACUCGGGCGAGCGCAACUUCGUGUGCACGGACUGCGGCAUGGCGUUCCUCGACGCGUACACGCUCAAUGAGCACCGGCGUAUCCACACGGGCCAGAAGCCGUACGUGUGCGAGACGUGCGGCAAGGCGUUCCGUGUGCAGCAGUGCCUGCAGAAGCACCAGCGGCGACACUCGCGCAAGCGGCCCGCCAUGCCCAUGCCCGAGGCGACGCUGGAGUGCCCCGUGUGCGGCAAGACUUUCCGGCGCCUGUCGAACCUGCGGCUGCAUGAGACGGUGCACUCGGGCAGCAUGCCGCACUCGUGCGAGGUGUGCGGCAAGUCCUUCCUGCACCGCGCCUUCCUCAAGAAGCACGAGGAGAUCCACGAGCGUGAGCGCGAGUACCGCUGCGGCGAGUGCGGCCUCAUGUGCCUGGCGGCGGCAGCGCUCGCCGCGCACAGAGACACGCACAGCGCCCAUCACCCCUUCGUUUCAGUCAUGUCAGAUCCCGAGUUAACAGAUUUAUUCCAAAUGAAAUCCGAGGAAGAAGGAUUUGGCCUGGAUCAGGCUCCAAUGGAAGAUGAUGAAGACUUUGGCUUGGAUCACGCAGACGGGGAUGGGAUACCUGAUAUGGACAUGGCCGAUCGGCGCUACCGCAAGUACUCGGGAUCCUUUGUGCCGACAGACAGGCGUGCGAUGACUCCUGUGAGGCGCGGCUCGAUGGUCAUGGACGACGGGCCCAACCUUUCUCCUGAGAAGCCUCCCAAGGCUGAGAAGGCGCACAAGUGCACCGAAUGCGACCGUGCUUACGUGCAUCUCUCCUCGCUUCUAUCGCACAAGAAAAAGCACGAGCGCGCGGCUGAAGCCGCGGCAGCGGCGGCUGCGGCAGCUGCGACGGAGGAAGAGGAGACGCCCGCUGGCGACUCGGGAGCCGAGGCCCCAGGCUUCCGCUGCGAAGACUGCGGAAAGAGCUUCACGCGCGCCGCGUACCUGGCGAGCCACAGUCUGGAGCACGAGGCUGCGGCGGAGGAGGCCCGCUACCCAUGCGAGGUGUGCGACAAGUCGUACUCGCGGCGCGACAACCUGCGGAAGCACCAGCGGAUGCACGCGGCGCUGCACGGCUCGCCGCGGAAGGGCGGCCGCGGCGCAGGUUUCCUCGACAAGCUGUGCUUGAGCAACGCCGACGCGCCCAGCAGCCCGUCUUCACCGCAGCCGCCGUCGUCGCCGCUUUCGUUGCUGCCGCCGCCCCCACCACCCCCGCCACCGCCACCGCCAGAAUUCGAGUGCGAGGUGUGCGGCCGCUCGUUUCGCCGCAAGUCGCGGCUGCGCAGUCACCAGAAGCUACACAUGGCGGCGCUGUGAUGUGUGCGUGCGCGCUUGAUCUCUCCCAAGGUGACACGGAAUACAUGGGGAAAAUCUCCGGUGAGGCUCGGAGUGGAAGCUUUUAGGAAUUUACGAGUGUGUCACAGUUUGGCUGCUGUGAGAGAAAUUGGUGGUGGAUGCGAAAGGAUGAAAAUUGUGAAUCGGUGGUUUAAGCCAGAUCUGUUAUCAUUUUAUGAUGAUCAUGAUAAUGUGUUUAAGACAUUCGGCUGCAUAGAUUUCUGGUGGUUCGGUUAGGUGGUACAGCCAGCAAGUUUAUGACCCAUUGUGGUGGACGUUUUCAAUGACAGGCGUAAUGCGUGCGGUGGAGUUUGUUCUCUUGAAUGCUUGAGUUUUUUUCCCCAAGCACUGCGGUUUCCUCCCACACACUAAAUAACAAAGUACUUUUGAGCAGGAAUGAUCCAAUUCCAAGCAUUCUAUAAAAUAGUACUUUCAAACUUAGUCUUUUUGAGUAAUGAAUUUCGAAUUCUGUACGUUGCUCAAAAACCCACCACGCUCCUCCCAUCAUCUUUCAUUGCAAAAUAUACAAACGGUGCACUGUUGUGUGUGUUUGUGUACACACUUUGCGUUUGUGUUCGCAUUUGUACACAAACACACGUAUGUACGUACACAUACACCUGUAGAAACACUGGCACCCAACAGGGAGGGGACUGCAUUGCUACGUUUAUGAUUUCCACAAAAAGUAAAUCGAGGAAGUUGGUGAAACGCAGCAUGCAAUCUUGAUAACUCAAAGAUGGUCAUUUUGAAAGGAAUGACAAAAUCCUUUUAUGUUCCUGUUAUCAUUUCACUUAGCUAGGUUUUACUAUGAAUUGUUAAACACUUCACCCUCAUUAUAAAUUGUAAUGAAUUGCCAUGUCACACAUUUUGCAGGUAGCCGGAUGUUAAUUUCAUUGUCGCGAUGAUUUAACACUGACCUGCCAAUUGUUUACCCUCACGGGAAUUGCACACCAGUCGUGAUGUUUUGUUGUCUGUGUGUCUUUGUGUGCGUGCAUGGGUGCAUGUUUGUGGAAGUACGUGACUGCAUAAUUAGAGGAUCAUAGGUAAACCGAGCACCAAUGUGUCACAUUCCCAUCCACCUGGAUUAAAUAUCUUGACACGAGAUGCAUCAAUUACUGGAUUAUUGAUAGACUGGGAUGCUGCCACAGCGUAAUGGUCAGUACAGGUAGUCCUCUAUUUACGAUGGAGAUGCGUUACGACGACCCCAUCAUAAGUCGAAAAGAUCGUAAGUCGAAGAUGACCUCGCCUACCCAGGAGUCUUAAAGAAUGGUGAUAAUUUAGCAAAACAGUGACAUUUAUUGUGGUAACCUUGAAAUGAAAUUGCUAAAGCUACGUAUCAUACAUGCAUUGAACGUAUCGUAACGUAUCAUAUUGUACUGUACUCAUCAAGAUUCUGUCCGUCGUCUGCAUACUUGAACGAUGUUAGGUUGUUGAUGGCAAUUUUGUCGAAUCGCUAUCGCCAUCGUAAGAUCGAAAUAUCGUAAGUCGGACCAUCGUAACUCGGGGACUACCUGUACACAAGACUUGCAAUCCAGAUGUUGUCGGUUCAGUCUCCAGGUGUGACAAUUGAAAGAGUGGGCAAAUUUUCUUAUCCUGGCACUAGCCUCUCCUACGUUGACUCUGCCUUAAAAGUGAGGUGCCACCUUGUUGUACUAUUCAUCAUCAGCACUGGGGAGACAAUAGUGGCUGGGGCAUACGUGAUGCAGGUCAUACUGCUCAUCCGUGUACUGUGCCAGCCUUGAGAGGUGCUUGCGAACAUUAUUUGCCCUGACCAGACUAUGUAGGCCAGAAGGGGGGUGAUGUGUGUGUGUGUGGGAUGAGUGCGAUUGAUAAUUUACCCACUGGAAAGUAUGAGAAUGUUAUGCUGUUAAUUGUAUUAUUAGUGCAUGCGUGGGUGUUUUGACGCUGAUUAGCAGGUGCAUGUGUGACUUGCCCAAGAAUGAUUCACUUGAGCGUGGUCUCAUUGUAAAUGUCAAGGUUAGGCAUCAAUUUUACCUUGUGAAUUCUGUGGGCCAUGGGAAAACUGAAACUAAAUUUGACAGGGGCACACGUGAAUGCUCCCUCUUACUAACCGUGAUUACAUCUGGCUGCUCUUUCAUGCAGCUUGCAAAGUAUUGUGGGUAUUUCCCAGGAUACCCUGCAACCUAAACGCCUGUCAACUCGCCAGGCAUCUGUAACACUUGCGAAAAUACGUCAUUCUAAUCGGCAUUUGAUGCAAUUAUCAAGAUUGCACGUGUCGUUUUCACACCUAGUAAGGUUGGCGACUGGGACGACAUACAUCAGCCAUGAAAUUCGGCGUGGAAGUGAAAAGUCAACGUGAGUGCCAUGCCGAUCAGUGCUAUGGAUUAUAAAUGUGUUAUAAGUGGUUUCUAUUUGUUACGGAGUCCAAUGUGUGGUGUGCUUGAGUCUCAUAACGUCUUAACUGAGGGGCAAUGUCCCUUUUGUUGACUGGCACCAUCUCGUGACAGCAAAUCUGUCGCUUGCGUGUGGCUCGCUAUUGCCAAAGGAAUAGCUGGCUCAGGCAAAGAGAUGUGAUCGUGUAUGCAUACUUACAGCGUAUAGUUUGUGUGUUUUUAUGUAUGUAUGUGUAUUUACUGUAUAUGUAUGCAUGUGUGUACUGUAUAUGCAUUAUUUAUACUGUAUAUACACAUUGUACGUGUGUAGAAAUGUGUAUAUAUGUACAUUAUACAUAUAUAUUUACAAUAUAUGUGUGUGUGCAUAUAUAGUUGAUGCACAGUAUUUGCUUCACGCAUGGGUACACGUGCCCACAUUUUCAUCCCCUUUCAGAAAUGCGUGAAAGCUCUUUCGGUAGCACAAUGGGAUCACAUGUUUGUUACCAUUGUUUCUGCUCAAACAUGAGCAGUUUAGAGGUAGAGUGGGGUGACCUAAUACUGGUGCCCUGGGAAGUAGUUUCCCCACGGGAUGGGCAUGAAGCAGCUGCCCACUGAGGCUGAGGACUUCCAUCACUAAACGUGGGGAUGGAGUGGUGUUGCCCAGGCUGGUCCGGCCAUUCACUUAGCUGGUGAUCCGCAGAGGCGGAUUCAGCAAUUCAUGGAUGAAAUGAAAAAUAAUUCAUCAGAAUUUUGGCUGAUCAUGUUUGUCAAAUGUAAAAAAAAAGUGUACUUUUUUUUCUCUAUCUGGCCUCAUUUCUGAUGUUUAAGAUUGCAGUAUUUUUUGUGAGUUAAUUGCGACGGAUUAUUCGAUGACGUUUACGUGUAAACUGCGUUACGCUCGCAGGUCAGAGGACGUUGUAACUUGAAAAUGGUUUGGGUGGCAGUGUGGGCAGCGAGUCCUGAGCCGAACCAGACCUCCCUGCGCUUUGUGAUGCGUUUGAGUGCAUUUCGUGGAUAAUAAUAACGACGCUCCAAUGAAACAACCGUUAAGCCACAAUGCAUUGUGGGAGAGAAACACAAUACACUGCAUGCACACUUUGGCAUGCACGCACAAAAAAGUUACAUUGUCUUUUCCACUUGAUAUUUUUAUUAACUUUUAUACUUUAAACUUUUGGUAAUUUUUGUCCGUCCAAGCAGAGGUCCAUUUGCUUAUCUGUAAGGUUUUUUGUAUUUCUUUUGUGUGUACGAGUGCGUGCAUUGACAGUCAAGAAUGAGCAAGGCGCUAGUGAAAGCCUCGUGCUUUGUCAAUGAGUCAAUGGAUUGUGUCCAAGUAACCUUCCCCACCAUGGUGGAGUGUAACGCGAACUCAUACACACUUUGCAUGUGAAGUUAGUCAUGUUUUGGCUAAAAGGAGGUCAGGAUGGUAUUGUCACUACAACCCCAACAGCACCGCCACCAUCACUACUAAUACCACCUGCUCCAGUUCCAUGUACUGUACCUUAACACUAAUGGGGAACUUAACGCUAAUUCUAGAUUUGAAGUUUUCGUGACUGCAAGGAUCUAUACUCUUUGGUGCUUUCUUUAAUGCUAACCCUAUUCAUAACUUUAGCUCUAAACCCAGCCUAACACUAACCGUUGCAAUUGAAUCCUUAACCUAACUUUACUCUGUCUUUAAUUCAGAUUCUGUCUCCACUUUAACAUUUCCUAAACACUCAAUUGUAACCCUCAUCGUAACAUUAUCGUAUUCGGAAAAUCUUGCUCAGAUCGUUGUCAGGAACAGCAAAUUCCUCAACUAUGCUUUUGCUUUGGGACGAAAGAGAACUUCCUCCUUGUCCACAAAACAUGUGAACGUACGAACCUGUGUAUGUUUGUAUCACACAUCGAUGUCACCAAUGAAUGCCCCCUUCUCUGGAAUGAGCGUGGUGACGCUAUAAACUCUACAAACAUUGGUCAAACACUGAGAAGACUUGCAUUGGGGAGGAGUGCGAAACAGUUGUGUGGCAUAACACACUAAACAUCCAAACGCUAUUCCUGACCCUGAGCCAACCAGCCGUGAGUGUUAUCCCACUCACUGCCCCUAACCCUGGCCAACCAGACGUCAAUAAUAGCCCUCUCCAAGAACCGUGCGCCUUUUGGCGUCAUCUGGUCCAACCCAUGUGAGACUAGGCUCUAAGGAAAGCUGUCUCGGGUGUGGACCAAUCAACUUCAAGGACAGUGCACAUUAUCAGAGUUAUGUUUUUUGUUUGCAUUACGACUGCAGGUAUUGUGGUCUAUGUAAACAUGACUCCUUGUAAAAAAGGUGUCAGUUUUGUUGCCAGAUAGAAGGGUAAAAAAACAAUUAUAACCGUGGUUUUCUCUCGCAUGCAAUUUUAUGUACUCAUUGAGGAAUUGGACUAACAUUCCACCGUGGGACCCUCCCAAGGAAUCAUGUGACGCAGUGUGCCUUCACUGGAUACAAUUUCCGAGUAUAAAAGUCCCCGUUUUCCCAUGUUGGAAAACAACACCCAAUUUAAACAACAAUUGCUGUUCUGCAGAGGUGUUUAAAGACAUUGCAGGUAUACAUAGAGAGAGAGGUGCUGUAGUUUUCCACGUCAGCUAUGAGAAUUGGCUUGGUUCUGUACGAGGGUCGCUACAGAUUUCGUUGUCUGCCAAUUUCGUCACAGGUAUGGAAAUGUGCACUGGAGAUUUGGUGCUUGUUCCACCUGGCUGCUGAUGCUGCUGCUGCUGUUGUUGUCCAGUGUUGUAGUAAAGUGUUGCUGUAUUGAGGGCUGCACUCAUGGAAGACACUUAACUUGGCAGUGAUUGGAGAACGACUGACGGUGGUACUUGCCCCACCCCUUGUUUUGGUUUAACUUAUUUGAGCAAUUCCUUUUAAUGACGUGGUGUUACAAAUGAUGACUCGAUGUGAAAGCCAAGACUUUGUUCGUGUCGGAUUUUAGCUUUCGAAUUGGUCGCAAAGAGACUUUGCACGCAAUUUCAGUCCCGCAAUGACAACUUUAUAAAAGGAAUGGGGACAAAUUUAGAUUAGGAACGGAGGGGAUGAUUCAAACGACAACAUUGCGAACCUGUCGGUGACACUUACAUUUCAAUGCCCGAAUAGUACCACAGUUAGUGAUGCUUGCACACAAACAUUCACACCACCCAUGCAUGUCGUGUGUGCAUCUUGAAGUUAAACCGAGCCACUUUAGUACAUACAGUUUUGUUUUGGGCUCGCAACGUUUUUGUUUGUUAAACUUUGUUGCUUAUGUUUUGCAACAAACCUGUGCACACUAUUAGCCAAUGAGUGCAUUGAUGUAACUAAUUAGAAAAGCUAUGUUAGGCCUGGACCUCACCUCUCUUAUCUCGAUAACCCCAACCUUAACAACCCACUCAAUCUUGGCAAGGGAACAGGAUGAGAAAUUGCAGCCGACAUGCGUUAUGAAAACUCAAUUGUUUGCAGUUGUGGAACAAAAAACAUUAAAUUUAACUUACCAUGUAUUAUUUGCAUCGUCGCGUGUAUUGGUUGACUUGCUAAAGAUCGAUGAAGGUAGCUUUCAUUUUGACUUUCAUUAUGAAGUAUUAGCAGAGCCUUUCCACUGAAUUUGCAGCCCGAUUCCGUUUGUUGGACUGGCAUUGGCCCUUGACAUAAAUUUCAAAUCUGUUUGAUCCCAAAAUCGGUGUCAGCAUUGUGUCGUAUGCCAUGUAGAUAUAUUUAGAACUUAUUUUAAUCUUGACACACUUCUCAUCCAAAUCAACAUUACUUUAACGGUGCUCCAGUCCUGUGUGAAAUGGAGCAACAUGGAUAUAAUUCCUUUUGAAAGUGAUGUUAUUCCAUAAGUUGUUGCAUCAUUUAACUUUGCCAUUAUGGAUUCAUUUAUAAACUGAGAAUACCAAAUAUCAGAUUGUAGAGUCUAUCCAUGUCAGAACAUUUUGAUUACAAAUUUCGAUUGGGCUCCAGUUGGCUCCUUACCCAUUUGCGAGUCUGUUGUUGUUAAAUCAAGGGGAGUAAUGUGCAUAAAUUACUGAUCCCCAUCUCCCCCCACUUGUGUGUCAGAGCCAUGAGACACAUGAACAUCUUUCCUAAGCCACAUUUGUUAGUGAACAUUCUUAUUGUGUUCCAGGAAAGGACCCCAGACGAUACCAAAACGACUUGCCAAGUCACAUCGGUGGGCUUCUGUUGUGCAACUUUGGACAUUAUUCUUUGAUGUCGUGACUACCUAUAUUGAAAAAUAUAGCAGGCAUUCGGCAUGUGGUGAACCACUCUUUAUAAAGGAUAAAAGAAAACCCAUGCCGAGUCGUGCUCAACUUUCUUAGUCUAUGGUAGGGAGACCAGCAAAGUGUUUUUGAAAUUGGGUGUCCUAAUCACAUUUUUAUUUCGUAAUGCCGCUAUUGAAAAAUGCAGCGCGUUUAAGUUGUUUGGCCAAAAAUGUUCAAUGUCAGCUAUUCAAUAAGAGCAACCUGACCUGAUUUUAGAUGUUAUCAUGUAAUGUUUACGUAUCUAAAUUGCAACGCCGGACAGUGUUACAACAUCAGAGCUCUUGCUUUCAGAUGCUCUUUUUCGUUCAUUUAUUAAAAUAUAGGUGUAACAGAGGGUAUUUUAAUUUUUGAAAAGGGGAUAUUCCACAGGGAUAUUUACUAGGCUGGAAAAAAUACUCUGGUGCAAACCUGGCUCAAGAGCAACCAAACUUAGCAUUGUUUAGUGAUGUUUUUCCUCAGAAUUCACGAGACAAUCUUGUAAAUCAGCAAUAAUGAAAACUUGGAAAAGAUUAGCAGCUUAUGCCAAAUGUGCACAGUGCUGUUCUUUAUUUCAGUUUUAAAUUCGAUUAAUUCAGAAAAUCAAUUUAUCGUUUGUAAAAGCUAUGAAAAGUGUCAAGUUGUCCUUAAUUGGCACUGCUAAUCUCCGUGUAUAGCACAGAGUCAGUGGUGUAUACUGUAUUGCAAAUUCCUAUGGCAGGGAUCAGUCGAUACGAAUACGACUUGACUUCACCCAAAGUGGGGUACACAUUCUAGCAACCCCAGUGAGGCGGUAAGAAUAAAACCGAGUUAACUCCAGACUGAGAUUCGAACUCGUAAACUUGGAACUGUAAAGUGGUGUCGUCGUCGUCCACGUUUCACCGUUUUAUCGUCUUGCUUUAAUUCCUGAUUUGCUGACACUGUUUCGUGGAUCCGGUGUGCGUGCUAGUAUCGAGACAAUGCUGGGGUACGGACCUCUUUGGUAGUCCCAGGAGGGACAGGUGGAACUUACCUGGCUGUGGUCACAAACCAGAACAAUUUCAAGAUGCAGGCAAAAAAUUAAACGACACCACUGAAAUUACCUCCCCGUUUGCUUUCCAAGGUCAUGCCCAGAUGAGUUUUGUAACCAAAUCUCCCAUGCUUAUGGAACCAACUGGGAGGUGUAAAACAAUACCAGUGAUGCAAGUAACACCCAUGGUGGGAAACCGAUAUCCAUUUUCAAAACUAUAUGAUGGAUCCCUAUCGAAUAUGAUUGUGCAGUCACAAGCCCAAAUCCCAGUUUAACAUUAGUAUAAAUAAAUGUUUAGUCAAUGUUUUGUGUGUGUGUGUCGGUAGGUAUUGGACGAGCUUGUUAAUGUAAACUUUUAACGAUGACCGUGUGCGUGUGGCUGCCUGUCGCAGUCUGCUGAAUGCACCUACUUGAGCUGCUAAGCCGUGGGGCUUAGCUGUGGCCCUGUCUCGGCGUGCUCGUUUCGUUAGGUUGCUGAAUAAAUUGUCUCAAUUUGUACACCUCAGCGUGUAAACGCCACUGCCCUCUUAAGACAUCCGGUUUGGGUUUCAUGUCGAAAGUGAGCAACGGAGGUCCUCUGGACCUUGUCCGCCUCUAAGCCGAGGUGUCGGAGCCCUCGUCAGUAACGAUGAAGUGAAGGUAUGCUUCUACUGUGUAUAUAGCGUGUAGCGUGCGCAGCGCUGAGACGCUCGUAGGACGUCAAGGAUGUUAGCUGAAAUAUAAACGUGUACCCCGAUAUGCUCAACGUUAUUUAUUUUAAACACUUUUUUUAAAACUGACCACUGCCGUGUGCUCGUUAAGAGUGUGCUUGUUACGAGCACACUCGACUAGUUUCUCGAACACCACAAUUAAGAGUCCUUGUCAAGGAAACUCACAUGGGCGUCUUGGCUCUGACACCCCUCAUGUUUUUUUUUCCCGAUGAAAGAUGUAGCAUGGAAUUUAAAAUGUGCUUGCCAAUGGGCGGAUAGUCCUGGGAGAUACCCGCAAAUGUCGUAUGCAAACGCUGGCAUGUAAUGAUUGGGUUCGAAUAAAAAUCUAUUCUUACACUUACAAUCUCUAUAUCGAGUUGUACACUUACAAUUUGUUCUGGCACUGCCAGUGAAGUGAACAAAACUAUACAAACAAGAAAGAAAAAAACGUUUAAAAAAACCAAUGCGAAUAACAUGAAAACAAUACAAAACAUCAAUUAUUGAAUGACAUCGCCAUCCUAAAUUUGUAACAAUUGAAUCAGGCACAGGGUGGAAAUGUGAAUUGUUACAUGCCUAUGUAAUACCCACCACACAAAUAUAGAUUGCGAUUCUGGAAUUGUUUUUGCUAUAAUACCCUUAUCAAUACUGCUGUUUAACAUUGCCGGGUAAUUCCAGUAUUGCAAUACAUGGGGAUUGGUUGUAUCACAAGAUAUUGCCCAAUGUAGGCAAUAGUUGCUAUUGUGCUAUACAGAGGUGUUGCUUGGUACCAUAUUCAUUAUGUAUUCAUCUGGAUUGUCAUUGUAAAAGCAACAUUUGCUGGGAAUUGUGCAUAUGAUAGAAUGUACGUUUACCUCUGCACAAGAACAUUUCAAGUGAGCCUGUAAGUACUGUGGAUCGAUGUGGCUGAGUUCAUUUGCAAAUACCUGUAAUGCAGUGGCUUAGGCGUUGGUGAAUCAUGCAGAAAUGGAGCAAUAAUGUGUGCUUGGCUCCUGCCUGCAGGACAUUAGGUGCAAUGAAGCAAGUAGGUUUCUGGCUCAUGUACGUGACAAUUGGAGUGUUACCCCAGUAUGUGCAUACAUUUUCUUUGGGCACUACAUUUUCCUCCCACACGAAGCAAGAAUACAGUGCUGGCGAAAUGCACGAACAAGCGGACAUCUCCAUGUCCGUCUUCAACCUUUUAAAUCUAUAUUAUGACAGCGGCCCAGAAACAUGCAUUGACAUUAAGACGUUGGCAAUGUCCAUGCCAUGUCGCAUUAACACUGGUUCAUAGGGUCAUGUGUUGUAAUCUAUGUAACAAGAAAACAAUGAACCUUGUUAAAUUAAGUUGCAUGUUGGGGAAUCCCAGCCCUUUGGAAUCUGAUGGCAUGUUACCAAGGGUAGCCUGUAUGGAAUCCAAUAGCAUUUAGCCAGGCCUAGGUGUAUGCAAUCCGAUUGCAUGUAAACAAGGAUAACCAUGUGGACUCCGUCAUCAUGCCCUCAACAAAUGCAGCUGCAACUCAAUAUGAAUUGUAGCAAGAGUGUAGCUGCUGAGCAUAAUAACAUGGGAUCAGAUACAAUGGGGUAUUUUUAUUGUUGAUUUUAGUAAAUGCUACUUAUUUGCAUCACAUUUUGCGAAGGUUCUCCUGCUUCAGUCCGUGUAUAAACUGAGACUUGACCAGACUACAUUCGCGGUAUUGUGUAACACAUAUUCACCUACUGGAAAAAAUGCUGAAAUGUACAUUGUAAUUAUAUUUAAAGUUCUUAGUAGCCAGUAUGAAACGUAUGACCGUACCAUGUUAAGACGUAAUCUUUAAAGUAUUGUAUCUAUACAGGUAGAGUUGUAAUUGGAAUAGUUGAAAUAAAACCAGUUUAAUAACC